UCAUGGAGACGAAAGGCCGGGGGGUGGUGGAGUCGCUGUAUGACGCUUUGUCGAGAGGGGACGCGGCGGCGGCGGAGGCCGCGAUGGCGGAGGACGUGGAGUGGUGGUUCCACGGGCCGCGGCGGUGCCAGUACAUGCGGCGGGUGCUGACGGGGGAGGCGGACGAGCGGGGUGGGUUCCGCUUCCGGCCGCGGAGAGUGACGGCGGUAGGAGGGCCGUGGGUAGUGGCGGAGGGGUGGGAAGGGAAGCACGCCUAUUGGGUCCACGCGUGGGCCGUCGAGCACGGCGUCAUCACGCUCUUCAGGGAGUACUUCAACACUUCCCUGACGGUGAUCAGCCACGGCCAGCUUCGUGGUGGUGGCGCUACGUCUUCGACGUCGGCGGUGGGGCGGAUGGGGGCCGGCGGUGGGGCAUUGUGGCAGAGCGAGGCCCCUGCGCGGGAGGGCCGCCGGUCUCUCCCUGGGCUUUUACUGGCCAUUUAAUUAAUCACUUAGAAUAUUGGUAAUAUUAUAUAUAUUUAUAUUUAUAUUAACGCGUGUUGCACGCUUGCACUUGUUGCACUGAUAGGUGGGUUGAGGUUUAUACACCUUAUAUGUAAAGGUAAAUUAAAAAUAUAGUAAUGAAAAAGAAGAACGAAUUAAAACGAUAAGACUGGGACACGGGGGGUUGAUACAUAGGAGACGAGCUGGGAGCCUGGGACCAAACGAAUGCAUCUCCCAUGCAGGUGAGCACUUCGUCUAUCGCUCGUGAGCGCCACUGGAAUGCUAUGAAGAGUUGCCAAUGGCCGCUCGCUGUACUGCUCGAUCCAUCCUUCCCCACAUAUCAUCGCCGCGGCGACUACCUGUUACUUCAUAUGGAGAUGUUUUUGGCAGUGACUAUAAAUUGAUCUCAUAAUUCACCUACUUUUGUAUAAUCUAGCAACAGAUUGUGAGUAGAGUCUGAGGUGAGUGUAAUCAUCCUUUGUAAUAAUAUAGAGAUAUCUCGCGUCCCCACUAUUUGAUAUAUAUAGUUGGUAUUUAUAUAUGAUA